AGAAGCUAGGUUAUAAUACAGCUUUAUUAAAAAAGAUUCCUAAUAAGAGUGAGAGAAUUAGUGCGCAUUUAAAGAAAUGUUCAAAUUUUAAAAUUAUGCAUCCUGAAAAAUACAAUGAAUUUUUUGGAUCCAUUAAUUUAAAUAGUAGAGACCUUGAACAAAUCUUUUCAUCAAAUUCAUCUAUUUCAACCAAAGGCUCACUUGACUCUUUUGUUGUUCAUCCUAUGUCAAAAAACAAUGUAUCAAUAUUUGAAAAACUAUUAAUAAGGGCCACUGUUUCUGCUGGCUGGUCUUUGCAAACUCUUGGUGGGUGUAUCCUAAACAAUGAAGUCAAAAGUCUUCAAUUACAAUUAGAAAAUAAAAUUAAAAAUGAUCCUGUUGGUGUUACUUUGUGUUUUGACAGUUGGACCAAU